AUACACAUUUAUAAUUUUUUUUGUCGGUAAAUUGAAACCGAUUGGAGCUUGAAAAAUGACGUCACGAACUGGCCCAUCAAUUACCCUGAAUAAACAUAGCGCCUCUAAAAUUAAGGCACAAUUAAACAGCACCUGAUGUCGUCCUUCCCUAAAAAAAAACAAUAAAUAAAUGGCUUAUCUUUAGCUACAGAUUGUCAGCCGCGUAAGCCUUAUGCUAUGCCAUCCCUCAAGAACAAAGAAUGCCAAAGCAUACCAUCUACCAUACUAAUACCAGAGCGUAUAUUAGUGGGCGAGUGUUUUACCUGAUGAACGUAACAGCUCGACUAAGGCUACCUAGGCUUUUCCACGAAUCCCGCAGGGCAAAUUGGGUAAAAACUUAGUUAUCAUUUUAGAAAAUUAGUUUUACUUCCAGACAGUCAGUCGCCCAGUCCUAGAAUUCUCCUUCUGCUGGUCGGAAUCCUCCACUCAGAAGGGAUAAAUAUUUUUUCUCGUUCAAACCUAUCAUUUAUCUUCAACAUCCAGACAUUCAGUCACCAGCUACCUCUCGGUGACAAUCGUGCUCUAAAUUUUAUUUUACUCAGAAUUAUCAAUAAAAAAAUACAAUGGCAAAAUUAACAGUAGUAUUAAAAAUUUUGACCAUUGUAUUUAUAAAUUACAACGGGUCUGCUAAGUUAACCAACCCUACAAAUCACCCUCUGCUGGAGCAACACUUGAUGAAUCUAAUUGGGCUUGAAUCAGUUCCACGAGAUUCGAAAAAAUAUCGAAUUGAAAAGCGAUCCGCUCCGAUUUACCUUAUGGACAUUUACAAAAAUACCGUGAAUCAAAUUCCAGGAUUCCUAUAUAACGACACUGCCGUCGAUUUAACGAGCUACGACUUUGCUAGGAUAAACCAGAGCGACGUAAUCGUAAGUUUCGUUGCUCAGCAAGCGAACAGACGAGGAGAAAAACCUGAACUCCUCAGAAGAAUGUGGUUCGACGUUUCCAAGAUCAACAAAAACCACCAACUGAUUUCUGCAGAACUUCGCCUGUUCCGUGACUGUUCCAGAGUUACUAAGAACAGCAACCGUCGUGCUUUUGUUGUCACAGUUUUCCGAGUAACCUUUGUCAACAAGAAACGCAAGUUUGUUCCAGUGAAUUCCGUAGUAGUGCGCGCGAAUUUCGACGGGUGGUUCUCGAUAAACGUCACGGAGUGUUUUCGCCUGUGGAUGGAGAACCCAGAAAGGAACUUUGGGAUGAAAGUGGUCGCUGAGCCGCUCAAAAGUUUCACCAGUGGAACAAGGAAAAAGCGCAAGGUGAAGCUGGAGAAAAUUGGAAUUAAGGGAUUCGAUGGUGAACCAGAAAGAUUCAGCUUUUUGGUGGGAUACUUCAGGGACUUGGGCAAUAACGAUCAGUCCUUGUUGAACCAGGCUGUCGAGAAACUUUACCAGGAAGGACAUCACGGAAUCACCAAGAGGGCGAUCAAGAGUAAACCUGGUCUUUGUAAAAUGACUAGCGUGUUUGUCGAUUUUCAUGAGAUAGGUUGGGAUAAAACAAUCCUUGCACCUCCCGGGUACGAGGCUUGGGACUGCGUUGGAAUGUGCAAAUAUCCCGUUGGCGACUUCAUGAAUGGGACUUUUCACACUGUAAUCAAGGAGCUGUACCAGAAUUAUAAUAAAAAUCGGUUUGACAAGUCCCAUUGUGUUCCCAUUGCGUACGAUUCCAUGAAAUUUCUAUUCUUUUCUGAUUCAAAUACUGUGGUUAUCAAGAAUAACAACGACGCAAUUACUACGGCUUGUGGGUGUCGUUAAUUGAUCGGAGAUUAUUGUUCGCAGUGAUAGUUUGGAUUUCAGUGUAAUUGUAAUUGAGAUUAUUGUAGUGUGUGAAUUGCAUUAUUGAAUAGUUUUUUUAAAGUAUUUUUAUGACUAGAAUUAUGUAGGGUAAAUGCACCAAUUAUUGACCAAUUAAGGUUUUCUUUUUGUGUACUAAGCUAUAAAAAAUCUAUUAACCUACUAAAAACAAUUUGUAAUGGAUUUUAUUAAA